GACAAGUGCAGUGACGCCACCUCGUGGUCCGGAGGAGUUACUAACAACACUCAACAUUGUGACACCACGUCCGUGCAUCAGGAGUAGUGUUACAGCCACGCUGGCCUUGAAGCGUCCAUGUUUCUCUACACGCUGGUCUUCAUGGCCUAUCGCAGCAGCCGAUGGAUACCGAGGAGCAGGAGGUUAAAAUUCCAAACUGUGAAUGUCCUGUUCACGGCCGUCGUGCUGCUUCCCCAGUUGUACGUCUUGGCGAGCCCUAAAUCCUCCAGAUACUGCAGGCAGCCUCUCCUGAACAACAUGUCCGCCUCUGUGGCCCUGUCAUUCAUAGCCUCAGGUUUUGCGGUGAUGUUUACCCUGUUAGAACCAGUCCCUCAGGGUCUGUGGGCUUCUUAUCACCUGUUUGGGCUGCUGUCGUUUGGACAAGGACUGUCUACGACCAUCGUGACGCUGUCAGCAGCUGCGUGUGCCCAGACAACUCCAGAGCUGUACUACCUGUCCUUAGUCCUCACGGUGGCGUCCAUCACAGGCACAGUUUUGUUCAUGGUGAGAGGAGGACUGUGGCUGACCAGCACCUCCCCCCCCCCCAGCUGUCCCCCUGAAACACCUGACUCCACACAUUAUUAACAAUUCAUGAGAUUUCCUUCACCAACAGAAGGGACGGAGGCAGGAGGAAAAGGAAAGGUCGAGAGAGGACAGUUUCCUGAUGUGCUGCAGCCACAGGUGGAAAGUCACGAGUCGCAUUUACACGCGUCGCUUUAAUCGAGUCAUGUUUUUCAGGUGGAGGAUUGUCGAGCACAGAACUCCCGUGGAACAGACGAGAGGGAAAUCCUUGGCCAAAUCUCAGCUUUAUCAACCCAUGCAAGAAUUGCGUGCCCCGGCGGACGGAGCUGUCGCUGUCGCUGUGGCUGAGGAAACUUUAACGUCAAACCUGCGAAAGCAUGUGGCGACUCAGACUCUGACAAACGUCCGUCGGUCGAUCUUUUCCCGGCAGUUGGUCAACGUUGACUCUUCUGUCCUGGAAGCUCGACGCCCUCGGCUCAAAGUGCAGAGCGUCUGAGUGUAUCUGCUCCACCGCCGUUCAUCUGUCCAGGAACUCAUGACUCUAUCACCACAUCACAUCACCGCCUCAGACAGGACUGUGGACACAGAGCCGUGCUAAACCAGGCCAUGUUGGUGACUGCUCUCCUGCUCCUGGUCACUCUGUGUGCUCUUGGAGGACAUGCAGAGAAGACGGGGGACGCAGAGAGACCUGGACAUGUCUCCGUGGUGGUACUGGGAGCGACAGGUGACCUGGCAAAGAAGUACCUGUGGCAGGGCUUCUUCCAGCUGUACGUCGAGCAGGUCAGGAGUGGGAGGAGCUUUUCCUUCUACGGUGGAGGACAGAGAACUGCUGACGUUGCCACGCCGAUUCUUUUCGAGGCCCUGAAGACAGUGUCCUGUCCAAAAGAGGUGUCCCAGGAGCGCUGUGCCGUUCUGAAAGACCAGUUCCUUCGAGUGUCACAGUAUAGACAGCUGAAAACCCUGGAGAACUACCAGGACUUGGCCCAGCAUAUCGAGCAAACGCUGAAGAAGGACAAUGUGACAGAAGCAGGGAGACUCUUCUACCUCUCGGUGCCGGCCUUUACCUACGCUGACAUCGCUGACAAAAUCAAUAACAGCUGCAGACCAAGCGGUGGGGCGUGGUUCAGGGUGGUACUGGAGAAACCUUUUGGACACAGCCUUCUGAGCGCAGAGGAACUGGCGUCUCGGCUCGGGAGCUCUUUGAAGGAAGAGGAAAUGUACAGAAUUGACCACUACCUGGGCAAACAGGUGAUCGCAAAGAUCCUUCCAUUUAGAAUGGAGAACAAAGAGUUUCUGGAUCCCAUCUGGAACAAGCACCACAUCGAGAGAGUGGAGGUCGUCGUGAAGGAAACGUUAGAUGUCAAAGGUCGAAUGUCCUUCUACGACGAGUACGGCGUGAUCAGAGAUGUGAUUCAGAACCACCUGACUGAGGUCAUGAUGCUGUUGACCAUGAGGCCGCCCUCAAACAUGAGCAACAGUGAAGAAGUGGUUCAGAACAAGCUGCAGGUUCUCAGCUCCUUGUUGCCUUUAGGGAGGAACCAGGCCGUGAUUGGUCAGUACCAGGAGUACAGUUCUCAGGUUCAGCUGGAGCUGAAUAAGACCAAAGACCGCAGGAGUCUCACACCAACGUUUGCAGCUGUGUUGCUGCGGUUGGACGACGCCCAGUAUGAAGGCGUCCCCGUCCUUUUGCUCUCAGGGAAGAUGCUGGAUGAACGUGUGGGGUACGCACGUGUACUUUUCAAGAACGACAUGUUCUGCCUUCAGAACGACAACAGCGUUCACUGCAAACCCAAACAGAUCGUUUUCUACUUCGGCCACGGCAGCCUCCAGUACCCAGCGGUUCUGGUCAGUAAGACUUUGUUCAAGCCGGUUUUAGUGGACGGAGAAUGGAAGGAAGUGACGGAGCACAGUAACGUCAAAGUUUUCGGUUCGCCGCUGUCAGACUUCUACGUCCAAACGCCCAAAGAACAGAGAGAGGCUUAUUCAGAACUGAUUUCACGGAUCUAUGCAGGAGAGAAGAACAGUUUCAUCAGUGUUGAAAACCUGCUGGCCUCCUGGAGCGUCUGGACGCCUCUGCUCAGCAGCUUAUACACUGAAUUUCCUCGCAUCUACCCUGGUGGCGAAGACAACGUGGAUCUGCUGGACGUACAACUGAAAGGAAAUGACAUCAAGUUUAAAAGUGAAGUGGUGAUAAUCCGGCCCGAUCAGAUGGGGGGAACGUCGGGCGGGGGCUAUCAGGCCAUACACGGCAAAUUUUGUGACACGGACAUGGUUUCAGCCUGGACUGAGCAGCUGGUGGAGAAGCUAGCUGCAGACCUGCAGGAGGCGGCCGAGGCGGCGGUGCUCGAGAGCGGGGUUUUUCACCUGGCGCUCUCAGGAGGCUCCAGCCCCCUGGCUCUGUUCCACAGACUGGCCUUCCACCACUUCUCCUUCCCCUGGAGGUACACUCACGUGUGGAUGGUGGACGAGCGCUGUGUGUCGCCGACCCAAGUGGAGUCAAACUUCUACCUGCUGCACAACCAUCUGCUUCAGCAUGUGAAGAUACCGUACUUCAACAUUCACCCCAUGCCGGUGGAGCUCAACCGUCGUUUAUGUGUGGAGGAGGACGGAGGAGCGCAGAUGUACCAGGAGCUGAUAACCCAGCUGGUGAACGGUUCCAGCUUCCACUUCGUACUGCUGGGCGUGGGCUACGACGGCCACGUGGCCUCCCUGUUCCGUGGGACUGAGGUGGAGAAACAUGGGGAGCAGCUGGUGGCCCUCACCGAGAGCCCGACCAAACCCCAUCAGCGCAUGAGCCUCACCUUCACUGCCAUCAACCACGCCCGCCGAGUGGCUCUUCUAGUCAUCGGUAAACAAAAACACGAGCUGGUCACACAGCUGAGCCGACUGAAAAACGAUAAAGACAGAUACCCUGUCACCAGAGUGUCGCCCUCACCUGGAAAAUCGGUGUGGUACAUGGACUAUGAUGCACUUUUAGGAUAAAGAGUUGUAAAAACUGUAAAUGCCUUAAAACUGUUAAUGUAAUUCACAAAGUGCUUACAAAUAAAAAUAUAUAUUUUGGAUUGAAUAACUUACAAUAAGUGAAGUUACCAGACGACGUCUGACGUCACUGCUGUUUGACACUGGACCAUCACAUGUAGAUGGCUGUGACACAACCUACAGGGAAAAAAAUUUCAUCAGGAAAAAA